AUGGGGGAUGACUUGGAUGAAUUUCAUCCAUGUUAUGGAGAAUUUCAAUGUCCUCAUUGUAAGAGACAAUGGAAAAGCACCAAAGCCUGGGCUAAUUAUGGUCAAAACUGUAACGACUGUGAUACAUUGGUUCGCCCGAAAAAUCUAUCUAAGAAUUACAUUUAUAUCUGUGACAAUUGUCAUAUGUUGUGGUACUCAUGUUAUUCCGACCAAGGAUUAACAUGUAAAAACUGUGGUUCAGCUGCUGCUAUUCAUCCACGGGAUCCUGAUGACAGGAGAGAUCGGAAGUUUAUCGAAAAUCAUAAAAUGAAGUACAAAGAUUUUCUGCGUCCUUCAAAUGCGAAUGGUGAACAUAUCGAAAGUUUAUGUGAGAAGUGCCGGAGUUUACGACGUCCCUGCCGUGAAAUUGACGAUAAUGGGAAGAUAAGACUGUGGGAUCAUUUAUCCAGUGAUGACGAUGUUGAUAAUACCAACAGUGUAAUGAAUAAUCGUCGACUGUCGAAGAUCUGGCAAGGAGAAGAAUGUAAACCGUUUAUCUCAAAUAACUUUACUCAUGGCCGUUAUCCAUCGCCAUCUCAAAUUCAGCAAAAAGAAAACUACGGAUGUUCUAUCCAAAAGAAUAAUCCGUCCAAUAAUCAUUAUCAUUUGACAAAUAAUUGCAUGCAUGUAAUCAUUCAUCCACCAAAAUCACAACGACAUCAACGGGUCACAAAAUCAAGGAUCAUUAUAGGAUGCCUCUUGUGCGUUUUAGUGCUAGCAGCUCUUGUAAUGAUUUUACUUAUCAUGAAAUUCAAUUGGACCAAGUCAAUUUCGACAGCAACUAGAGGAACAAAAAUUCGGAAAAUCACUAUUCCUACCACUACCACUACCACUACCACUACCACUACAUCUACCACUACCACGACAACAACAACAACAACAACAACAACUAUUACUACUACUACUGUAACACGUAUUAAUUGGUUUGAAUCACAAGCAUCACGAUUAAAAGCGAUCGGAAAUAAUACAGUAUCGAAGCUGAUGCCAGCUGCCGAAAGAAUGGGUAAUUGGUUCCAGUCUCAGAUAUCGCGUGCCAAGGAAACGGGAAAUGAUGUUGCAUCGAAGUGGCGUGCAACUGCACCAUGUUUCGCUUCAGACACCAUGGUCACUCUUGAAAGUGGUAAGCAAGUGUCUUUGCGUAACUUACAUGUAGGAGAGCUAGUUCGUAUCGAUCCAAGUAAGUUGAGUUCUGUAUUAGCAAUUUUUCGUCAUCAUCGUUCAUCUGUUUUAUUUAUCGAAAUACAUUUAAAUGAUAAUACAAGCAAACCACUUCGUCUGACGCCAACACAUUCUGUUCUUGUACGUAAAUCUCAUGACGAAAAGGAACGAUAUUAUUUUGCUCGCGAUGUUUCGUUGGGGGACUCUAUUUAUUCCACUUCAAUCAAUCGAAUGGUUCAAGUUGUUCAAAUACGAAAAAGCAUAGACGUUGAUCAGUAUCUGUAUGCGCCAUUAACAUUCGAAGGUACAAUUCUGACAAACAAUAUGACUGCUUCAUGCUAUGCAACAUAUCCUCAUCGACUGAUGCAUCUCAUUACGACGCCAUUUCGAUGGUGGUAUUGGCUUUUGAUUCAAUUACAACAAGCUUAUCUGCAUGAAGUGAGCAGUUUGCUUUGUGUGCAGUUUGUCGACUGGUAUUUGCAACUGUUUCCAGUUGUUACCUACUGA